AUGUCUGAUAAUGAGAGUGCACUCGUUAAUCUAUUAAAAAAACGUAUAAAUGUUCUAACAUAUAAAACAUUAAAUGAAAAUGAAUAUAAUCAAACAUAUUUUAAACAUUCUGGCUUAACAAAUGUUGAUAUUCGUUCUUAUCAAUUAUAUGGAAUUCGAUGGCUUAUUGAGCGAUAUGAAGUAGGACAUGGAGCAAUUCUAAGUGAUGAAAUGGGUCUUGGAAAAACAUUACAAACAAUUGUAUUUCUAUUAUAUGUAUGUAAAGUAAAGAAACAAACUCCUUGUCUUGUAAUUAGUCCAUUAUCUGUUUUACAAAAUUGGACAAAAGAAUUAUCACGAUUUACUCCUGGAUUAAAUGUGCAAAUAUUCACUGGUGCCAAAGAUGAACGAAAUGAACUAGCUCAAACAAUUAAAAAAUCUACAUUCGAUAUUUUAUUAACAACAUAUGAAUAUAUAUUAAAAGAUACAGUAUUUUUUCAAUCGUUUACUUGGAAUGUUUUAAUUAUUGAUGAAGCACAUCGAAUUAAAAAUUCUCAAUCACUUUUACAUGGAACUCUCAAAACGUUGAAUGUAUCAUGUCGAAUUCUUCUUACUGGUACACCAAUUCAGAAUAAUCUAUCUGAACUUUAUGCACUAUUAUCAUUCUGUGCACCGAAUAUAUUUCAUCCAAGACAUCAUGAAGAUUUUGUAGCAUAUUUUCGAAAUAUUAAUACUGAUGAAAUUCGUAAGAAAAUAUUAAUUGAUCUAUUAAAACCAUUUGUUUUACGACGAUUAAAACGUGAUGUUCUUACUGAUUUACCAAAUAAAACUGAAUUAAUGAUUUUUCAUGAUUUAUCAAAAGUUCAAAAAGAACUUUAUAAAGCUAUAUUAACAAAAAAUCGAUCAAUAUUUGGUUCAAGUGAAGCAGCAAGUAAGACAAGUUUAGUGAAUAUAAUGAUGCAAUUAAGAAAAGCUAUUGGACAUCCAUAUCUAUUUCCUGGUAUUGAACCUGAACCAUUUGAAAUGGGUGAACAUUUAAUUGAAGCAAGUGGUAAACUUCAUAUUUUGGAUCAUCUUCUUGCACAUUUAUAUGCUAAAAAACAUAAAGUACUUUUAUUUUCACAAUUUACAACUGUUCUCGAUGUAUUACAAGAUUAUUUAACUUAUCGUGAAAUUUAUAAAUACGAACGUUUGGAUGGAUCAGUACGAAGUGAAGAAAGAUUUUUAGCUAUUAAUAAUUUCAAUAUCGAUGAUGAUACAUUCAUAUUUUUAUUGAGUACAAAAGCAGGUGGUGUUGGUUUAAAUCUUGUUGCAGCUGAUACAGUUAUUUUUUAUGAUUCGGAUUUCAAUCCACAAAAUGAUUUACAAGCAGCUGAUCGAUGUCAUCGUAUUGGACAAAAAAGACCAGUACGAAUUAUUCGUCUUGUUUGUCAAAAUUCGUUUGAAGAAGUAAUUCUUCAUCGAGCAGAAGCAAAAUUAAAAUUAUCAAAAACAAUUAUGGAAAAUAAUGAAUUAGCAGCUGGUUUAAAUACAGUCAUAGAAACAAAAACACAACUUCAAGAUGUACUUAGAAUUGGUAUUGAUAAAUUAUUAGAUGAAACAGAACAGAUGGAUUAUACAAAGAUUGAUUUUACUGCUAUUUUGGGUAAAACAGAUAAAAGUGGUCAUUGGCUUGCUGUAGAAGAAAAUAAAGAAAAUGAAAAUAAAGAUAAAGAAUUUCAAUCGGCAGACAUUGAUGAUGAUAAUAUGUACGUAUUUGAAGGUAUUGAUUAUCGUGAUGCUGCUAAAAAAGCUGACAUUGAUGUAUUUGAUCGUCUUAUUAUAAAUAAUGAUGAAAACGAAAAUAACACAGUAGCUAGUUCAUCUAAGCAACGUACUACGGAACGAACACCACGACGUCCAAUGACUGAAGAAGAAAAAGCAGCACGUGCAGCUAAAAUUCGUGAAACAAAAGCUCGACGACAACAAGAAAUGGAAGAAGCAGAACGAAAACGUGAAGAACGACGUAAAGCAAGACUACAACAAUUAUGGGCAUCAAAAAACUAUCGUUCAUGUCGUGUGUCAUUAUCAGAUGAUGAAGAUGAAGAAACUGAUGAAACAGUACUAACAGAUACUGAAGAUGAUAGUAAUGGUGAAACGAAGUUACACUAUGUUUUUGGUGAUGUAAUGAAACCGCAAUUACAUGGAGAGAAAUGUGCUAUAUCAGUGCAUUGUGUUGAUGAUUCUGGUCGAUGGCCAUCCAAAGGUGUAUUUGCUUCAAUUUCUCAACGUUCGAAAGAACCACAAAAACAAUAUACACUUGCUUCAGAAGUGGACGAUAUUCAUAUGGGUGACACUCAUCUAAUUACAUUGAAUGAUUGUGGUAUUGAUGACGAUGAACCAUCAUGUGAUCAAUAUGUAGCUUUGAUUGUUGCUCAACAUCGAAAUAAAUUUGAUUUUACUGCUCUUGAUUCAGCUCUUAAAAGUCUAGCUAAAAAAGCAAAAGAACUUAAAGCAACUGUUCAUUUACCGCGUAUCGGUGUUGGUUCUCAAGGUUUCAAUUGGUAUGGUACUGAGAAAUUAAUCAAAAAAUAUUUAUCUUCUCGUGGUAUUUCUACAUAUAUUUACUAUUUCAAACGUGAAAAUCCUACAACAAAUAAUAAACGAUCAAAUGAACAAUCAUAUGGAAAUAAUAAACGAUUAUCUAUUGAAAAAGGCAUAAAUAAUAUAAAUCGUUUAAAACUUCAUAUGCCUAGUUAUCUAUCUGGUAUACACGUCUUUUUUCAUGAUAUUGAUGAGAAUACAAAAAAAAGAUUGCAACGUUUUGUUUAUGCCUUUGAUGGUGAUAUUGAUGAAACAGCUGAUGCUAAUACAACAACACAUAUUUUAGCUGCAGGUAAUUGUCAAGAUAUUCUUGCAUUACAAGAUGCUUGUCCAAAUGCUCGUGUUAUUAAUAUUGAAUGGCUUGAUGCAUGUAUCAGCAAUGGAACAAGACUCAAUACAGAUAUUUAUGAACUGUGA